AUGGACGAGAGGAGUGAUGAUGAGGACAGGGAUGCAUUGGCAGGGUUAAGCUCUGCUCCUGCUCCUCCCCGGAAAUCGCACUCAUUAAGCCAGCAACUGCGUGGAACCGCAGCUCAGAAACGGCACCAACUACGCAAGCAUAGCAUGGACGAUGUGCAGAUACCAAAGAACGUUGUUAAUGCUGACCCCUACUACGAUUCUUCGGACGAUGAUUUCUUUCCUUACUCCUCCAACACCACCACUGCAUCCUCCAUCGUUCCUACAAGUGCCGAGGAGUACGUCUCCUCAUCGCAGAGAUUAGACCAAGGCCUAUGCAUGGAGGGUGGUAUUGAUCAUUCUAGCCCUGGCAGCGCCAAGGAAAGCCAGCCAUUAUCUGAAUUCAUAGGGAGCGGCGGCGGAGCAGGAAUCUUUAAGUUUCCAACGAGAGCUGCAGUGCAUCCAGGUAGGCCUCCAUGUUUGGAGUUGAGACCUCACCCUUUGAGGGAGACUCAGGUAGGGAGGUUCCUUAGAACCAUUGCGUGCACCGAGACACAACUCUGGGCUGGUCAGGAGGGUGGAGUCAGGGUCUGGAAUCUUAAGGAUGUAUUUGAACCAGGGUGCGGUCUUGGUGGCAGGGUCUUGAGGGGUGAUGAGGAUGCAGCGCCUUACUAUGAAUCUGCAAACACCUCUCCUGCCAUGUCUUUGAUGGUUGAUGUUGGGAAUAAGUUGAUAUGGUCCGGGCAUAAGGAUGGAAAGAUUAGGUCGUGGAAGAUGGAUCAGCCUUUGGAUGCUGCUACUCCUUUCAAGGAAGGGCUCUCAUGGCAGGCGCACCGCGGUCCUGUUCUUGCCAUGGUCAUGACUUCUUAUGGUGAUAUGUGGUCAGGUUCCGAGGGUGGUGUUAUUAAGAUCUGGCCAUGGGAAUCGAUUGAAAAAUCUCUUUCUCUAAAGCCAGAGGAAAGGCAUAUGGCAGCUUUACUGGUGGAGAGGUCAUGCAUUGACCUUAGGAGCCAGGUUACUGUAAAUGGUGUCUGCAGUAUAUCUUCUCAGGAUGUGAAGGGUUUGUUAUCUGAUAAUUUUAGAGCAAGAGUUUGGUGCACUGGGUCUAUGUCCUUCUCAUUGUGGGAUGCCCGUUCACGAGAGCUUGUGAAAGUGUUUAAUAUAGAAGGUCAGAUUGAGAAUAGAGUUGACAUGUCAUCUGUGCAGCAAGAUCAAGCAUCAGUGGAAGAUGAGAUGAAGGUGAAAUUUGUUUCAAAUUCAAAGAAGGACAAACCGCAUGGCUUUUUGCAGCGGUCACGCAAUGCUAUAAUGGGGGCUGCAGAUGCUGUUCGCCGAGUUGCAACCAGAGGGGCAGGGGCAUUUGUAGAAGAAACCAAGAAGACAGAAGCACUAGUGCUAACUGCAGAUGGCAUGAUAUGGAGCGGAUGUACAAAUGGUUUAUUGAUACAGUGGGAUGGGAAUGGAAACCGUGUUCGAGAUUUUACUCACUUUCCUUCUGCUGUCCAGUGCUUUUGCACUUUUGGGGCACGCAUAUAUGUAGGAUAUGUGAGUGGUCACAUUCAGGUCUUGGAUCUUGAGGGAAAUGUGAUUGCAGGAUGGGUAGCACACAGUAGUCCGGUCAUAAAAUUGGCAGCUUGCCAUGGAACUGGUUGUGUUUAUAGCUUGGCUACUCAUGGUGGUAUACGUGGGUGGAACAUCAAAUCUCCAGGACCUAGUGAUGACAUACUACGCUCCGAAUUGGCUGCUAAGGAAAGUUCAUACACUACAAGAGACAAUGUAAGAAUUUUAGUUGGUACAUGGAAUGUUGGUCAAGGAAGAGCAUCUCAUGAGUCACUCAUGUCAUGGUUGGGUUCUGCUGUGCCGGAUGUUGGUAUUGUAGUUGUUGGCUUGCAAGAAGUAGAAAUGGGUGCAGGUUUUCUGGCAAUGUCUGCAGCAAAAGAAACUGUAGGGCUUGAAGGGAGUUCUGUUGGGCACUGGUGGCUGGAUAAUAUAGGAAAGGCUUUAGAAGAGGGAAAAACUUUUGAACGUAUGGGUUCUAGGCAACUAGCAGGCUUGCUCAUAUCUCUUUGGGUAAGAAAGAACCUUAGAACCCACGUCGGAGAUAUAGAUGCUGGAGCAGUUCCAUGCGGCUUUGGUCGUGCCAUUGGUAACAAGGGAGGUGUAGGUUUGAGAAUCAGAGUCUAUGAUCGGAUAAUGUGCUUUGUGAACUGUCACUUGGCUGCACAUUUAGAAGCUGUCAAUCGCCGCAAUGCUGAUUUUGAUCACAUUUAUCGAAAUAUGGUCUUCAAUCGGUCAUCUCUACUUAACACAGCAGCUGGUAUGAUACCAUACCUGUUUUUGUCUUGCUCUCUUGCCUUCUCUACAUAUUUAUUUUGGCUGCUUUAUUCUUCUGGCUUGCCAUGGGUCCUCUGUCUUGCAGCUGGUGUGUCUACUACUGUCAACACAGUUCGGACUCCAAAUGCUGCAGGCAACAACUCUGAAGAACCAGCAAGACCUGAAUUAGCCGGAGCUGAUGUGGUUGUUUUUCUGGGUGAUUUCAAUUACCGACUUUUUGGUAUAUCUUAUGAUGAAGCAAGGGACUUCGUUUCCCAAAGAUGCUUUGAUUGGCUCAGAGAAAAAGAUCAGCUCAGAGCAGAGAUGAAAGCUGGGAAAGUUUUCCAAGGGAUGCGUGAGGCACUCAUCAGAUUCCCUCCAACAUACAAGUUUGAAAGGCACCAAGCAGGUUUAGCAGGAUAUGACUCUGGUGAGAAGAAACGAAUUCCUGCAUGGUGUGACAGAAUAAUAUAUCGUGAUAAUCGAUCAGUUCCAGUGUCUGAGUGCAGUUUAGAGUGCCCUGUGGUCUCAGCAAUUUUACAGUAUGAUGCAUGCAUGGAUGUGACUGACAGUGAUCACAAACCUGUCCGGUGUAAAUUAGCUCUACAAAUUGCCCAUGUUGAUAGAUCGAUAAGGAGAAUGGAGUUUGGGGAAAUUAUUAGGAACAAUGAGAAAAUUAAGUCUAUCCUUGAAGAAAUGAAUCAUGUUCCUGAAACUCAUGUGAACACAAACAACAUAAUCCUUCAAAGUCAGGAUACAUUCGUGUUGCGUAUCACCAAUAAAUUUAUGAAGGAUAUGGCCAUCUUUAAAAUCAUUUGUGAAGGUCAGUCGACUGUCAAGGAGGAUGGAGAAGAGGCUGAUUAUCGCCCAAGAGGUGCCAACGGACUUCCCAGAUGGCUGGAGGUCACACCAGCAGCUGGCAUAAUUAAACCUGAACAAUCUGCGGAAGUGUCCGUUCAUCAUGAAGAGUUCCAUACUUCAGAAGAAUUUGUUGAUGGCAUCCCUCAAAAUUGGUGGUGUGAAGACACUCGUGAUAAGGAAGUGAUUUUGCUGGUGAAAGUCCAGGGUAGCUGUUCAGCGCAAACAUACACUCACCGAAUCCGUGUGAGGCAUUGCUUCUCAGCCAAGACAGUACCACGCAUUGACAUUAAAUCCAACAGCUCCAGAAGAGGCCAGCCAAGUCCAAAACAGAAGCAACCUGCUAACAGUUCAAGUGAAACUAACUCAAAGAAACAUUGA